CGGUGCUUGUUUCCAGGAAGUCAAUGGUUGCAUGGCUGCGGGGAGCGUGACAAGACAUUCAUUGAGUUUGCGACUGUUGCUGUAACAAACGUUCUUCAAAUUAAAAUUUAUUUAUUAGAUAAGCCAUGGCAGAAGAAGAUGAGAGGUUUGACGGUAUGCUGUUGGCUAUGGCUCAACAGCAUGACGGUGGAGUGCAGGAGCUGGUGAACACAUUCUUCAGCUUUCUGAGGCGCAAAACAGACUUUUUCACAGGCGGGGAACCAGGGGCACCAGAGAAGCUGGUGAAGGAGGCCUUUGCACAUCACAAUCAGCUGGCGCAGAAGGCUCAGCGGGAAAAACGCGCAAAGCAGGAGAAGGAGCGGCGGGAGAAGGCAGAGAGAGCUGCCAGGCUGGCAGAGGAGGAGGAGGAGGGGAAGGAGAAGAAGACCGGAGAACAGAACGAGCCAAAGAUCAAGGAGCUGACGGACGAGGAGGCGGCACAGCUGCAGUCGGAGAUCGACCAGAAAAAAGAAGAGGCAAAAAAGCAGGAAAGUGCUCCCAAGAAUGACGCAGAGAACUCAUCUGACAAAGUGGAGGACAAAGGGUCUGACUCAGAAGGCGAGGAAGACGAGAAGGACAAAGGAAAGCUGAAGCCUAACUCUGGCAAUGGAGCUGAUCUGCCCAACUACAGGUGGACACAGACCCUUUCAGAAGUGGAUCUCCUAGUGCCAUUUGAUGUUAAGUUCCGCCUGAAGGGGAAGGAUUUGGUAGUGGACAUCCAGAGGCGGCACCUCAAGGUGGGCCUGAAGGGGCAUCCGCCGGUGAUUGACGCAGACUUGUACAAUGAGGUGAAGGUGGAGGAGAGCUCCUGGCUCAUCGAGGACGGGAAGAUUGUCACUGUCCAUCUGGAGAAGAUUAACAAAAUGGAGUGGUGGAGCAAGAUUGUGACAACAGACCCAGAACUCAACACAAAAAAAAUAUGUCCAGAGAAUUCCAAGCUGUCUGACCUAGAUGGGGAGACGCGCAGCAUGGUGGAGAAGAUGAUGUAUGACCAGAGGCAGAAGUCUAUGGGUCUGCCAACCUCAGACGAACAGAAGAAACAGGACAUCCUGAAAAAGUUCAUGGCACAGCACCCAGAAAUGGAUUUCUCAAAGGCAAAGUUCAGCUGAGCUGAGUCAGAGAGAAUCUCUCGGAAGCGGUUUCAAUGGUUGUUAAUAGCCCACUAGGAAAAUUGCAUCCAAAUAGCAGGUUUUUUUCUUUUAUGCAGACUGCCCCGUGGGUCAUUCUGUACCUCUAUUUAACUGGCCCCACACUGUGUCACAGCUGCUCAGUUCACCAUUUGCAUAUUGCUGACUUGAUGUUAUGGAGACAAUUUUUUUAAUAAAGUUUUCAAACAGUA